AUGGCGGCCUUGCCUACCCUGCCCUUCACUUCCUCCUCAUCCAUCUGGCCUUUCUAGACAUGCUCUUUCCACCCCCACCCCCCCACCGAGGCCUGGCCCCAGAGGGUUUCCUCGGACCCCAAAGCCCAAGGCUGGGGGGUCUGGAGCUGGACUAAGAGGACCCCUCUGGAGCCAGAGAGUGGGGACAGAAGAGGAGGAGCUGAGAAAGUGGAGGACGAUGAGAAAGAUACAAGCUUCCCUUUGUUUUUACUUGAGAGGGAGGACCUGUCUGAGGACCUGGCCGAGCACCCAGUACCUGACCAGGAGCUGGAGGCCAUCAAACUGAAGCUGCGGGCCAAGGAGCAGGCCCAGGGGCCAAGCUGCCCAGCGCAGGGCCAGGCCAGAAAAGAGGAGGCAGCUAGGUCUGUGCUGGCCCAGCAGCUACUGAGUCCUGAGACAGGCAGGAGCCAGCAGGCCAGGUGGACCCCUUCCCUGACACAUGAGGGUGUUCAUCUCAGUCCCAGUCUACCUCCAACAGGGGUGGGGACAGAGGCCUGGGCCAACUCCCCCACGCUGGGCUCCAGUCAACCCCCCUUUGCCAAAAAACAUGCUGCAGGGGGCCAAGACGGGGAUGCUCAGGGAGGAGGCCCCAGAGGGGGAGGCCUCUGCAACAGCGCCCACACCAGGCCGUGCCUGUGUCAGGUGGACUAUGGGAUCACUACUGAGGCCUAUUUCAACAUCUGUGGGGAGGUCCAUCAGGUCACCACCCUGAACAAGUUUUCUGGACACCCCAAAGGGUCAGUACAGGCCUUUGAGGAGGGGGCUGGGCACCCCAGGUAACUGCCCAGCAUGGGUGACCUGGGCUGCCCUUACCAGCCCUUUAUUUCACCCCAGCUAUGCCUACAUCACAUUUGCUACUGAGAGCUCAGCCCAGGCUGCUGUGGGCCUGGACAAGAGCAUCUUCCAGGGCCACGUCAUCAAGGUGCAAGAGCCCCAUGAGUCACCAGGGCAUCUUUGUGGGGGCGCUGGGGUGCAUGGACUCACUCUGAGCUUCUCUACAUUAAGCCAUUAACCCCUGAGGUGCCAGGAAUGCAGCAGAGGGAGGCUGACACACAGAGGUUGAAAUAC